AUGCAUCUCACGACCGUGUUGACUCCGAUUUUGGCAGCUGUUGUCGCUGCCAUACAUGACAGUAACGAUGUCGAGCCAUGUGCUCAGAUUAGCAAAUUGGUAGAAGAUGCCAACGAGAACCACAUAAGUGCCCGUGUGCCUCACGACCUGGCACAUCGGUGUCUGCUAUCGAUGCCGUUUGAGUCGGAUCGUGCCGUUGAUUUCCUGCAUCAAGCUCGCAAGAUCCUCGAGUUUCAAUCGACUAUCGACAUUUUGAAGAAUCCUCCUUCGGGGUAUACCAUGCCCUCAACGGACAUUUUAGGGGGAAUUGAUACAAUCCUGGGCAAAGUCAAGAGCAACAGCUAUACCAGUCAAUUCGAGAUGGAUUUGGAACUCACGCAACUUAUCAAAACAGCCCAUGAUGGCCAUCUGGUUUUCCAGCUAUGCUCGCAGUCAAUCUUCACAUACCAAAUCGAUAUGCCUCUCGUCUCGAUCUCAACAGAUGGGCUCGCACUUCCCCAAGUGUACACUUUAGAUGAUGCGAAACUACAAAGAACUGUCUCAAAAGCUGUCUCGCCCCUGGUGUCCAUCAACGGCACUGAUGCAGCUACGUACCUUGAACUAUAUGCUGCUGGGCAGAAUCUCCAGGACCGCGAUGCACAGUAUAAUCGACUAUUCCCCGCACCAGCCCGCAGCGUCACCAAUACCCCAACUAACGUCAAUGGAAUCUGGGCAUCCAUCGGAGAUUGGACAGAGGGCGCCCAGUUAACCCUCAAGUUCGGAAACGGCACCGAAAAGACGAUUGAAAAGACAGCCACGCCUAGCGAGAAGUUCUUCUCAUACAAGAACGGCACAAACCUCUACAACAUCGCAUGUCUCCCCCGCGACUUGUCUACAGCACCAAGCAGUCUAUCCGGCGCCGAAAAAGCCUCCUCCGAAAUAGCAGGACUGCCUAGCACCACCUGGCGCAACUCGGCCAACUCAAUUGCCGGCUAUUACUCAAAAGUCCCGGGUCUCGAAGAUACAGCAAUCAUAUUCCUGCCCACAUUCUCAUCCAGCGCGGCAGAAGUCGCCCAGCUGGCGGUUGAUUUCUUGCAGAAUGCCACCGAAGCCGGGAAAAAGAAUGUCUUGAUUGAUCUCUCAUCCAACCCGGGUGGAUACAUGUCAAUUGGCAUUGACUUGUCUCGUAUAUUCUUCCCUCAUGCGGUCCCAUAUACGGCGACGCGCUACAGAGCCCACGAUGCUGCCAAGUAUCUCACAAAGGCAUACUCGCGCGACAAUAGCACAGAUACGAGCAAUGUCUUUGCGUAUCGGCAGAUGGUCCGUCCAGACCAGAAAAUAGACUUCAGUUCUUGGGAUGAUAUGUAUGGUCCGCAUGAUAUCCUGGGAAGCUCCGCUUCCAGUCUGUUAGCCAACUUCAACUACACUUCUACUUCUUCGAAAGGCUUCCCUAUCAACGGGUACGGACCUGUUCCGUUGAAUCCAAAUAGCUCAUACUUCCCAGCGGAGAACAUCGCCCUUAUCACAGACGGCGAUUGCGUCUCAACCUGCGCAUUCUUCGUCAAGCUAAUGAAACGCCAAGGCGUGCGCACAAUUACAUUCGGCGGCCGUCCCCGCAACGAACCAAUGCAGGGAGUCGGCGGCGUGAAGGGCGGCCAGUCUCUCGGAAUCAACUAUAUCAACGGGUACAUCGCACAAGCGAAUGGACUGAUAGCAGAUUCGGUGAAUAGUGGAUCUCCGCUCUUGACGGACGCCGAGUGGAAGGCUUUCAAUGAGUCCAGUCCCAGCACGACGGCGUCGCUGCAGUGGAGUGGCAAUUUGAAUUUGCGGAAUGAGUAUGAUCCGGAGGAUGGGCAGACUCCACUGCAGUUUGUUUAUGAGGCGGCUGAGUGUCGGUUGUUUUAUACAUUGGAGAAUUAUGUGGAGAGGGAGAGUGUUUGGCAGGCGGCGGCGAAGGCGAUGUUUGGGGGUGGGGAGUGUGUGGAGGGGUCGAUUAUGGGGAAGGGGAGUUUGGGGUCUUGA